AACCAUUCUAACCUCUUGCUCACCGUUUUUUUUCUGUUGCAACAUUCCUGAACAAGCUACCUAAAAACGGCGAUUAUGCAAUUAACGUCCAGCCACGAAAUACACUGGCACACAUUGCACAGGGAAAAGGGUAAUCCACGACAGUUAAGUUCCCACGUUUUAUUUCUCCAAGAUCACUGGCACGGUUUGACAGGACGGCGAUAGAGAUGAAGGUAGUCCCCCCUGUCCUUCAGCCACUCCCACCGGCGGACACGCUCCCUCUCGCUUGCUGUAGCGGAGUUGAUUCUAAUGCUGCAGCGAGCGGCUUUAAUCUCGAGCAGCGGCGGCAGUCAUGGCGACAGUGGUCCAACCGCUCACUCUAGAUCGAGAUGUGGCCAGGGCGAUUGAGCUGCUGGAGAAGCUGCAGGAGACUGGUGACGUCCCCGGUCACAAAUUGCAAUCGCUGAAGAAAGUGCUGCAGAGCGAGUUCUGCACGGCGAUUCGAGAGGUGUACCAGUACAUGCAUGAGACCAUAACAGUGAAUGGCUGUCCAGAGUACCAGGCACGGGCCACGGCCAAGGCCACGGUGGCGGCGUUCGCAGCCAGCGAGGGCCACUCACACCCCCGGGUGGUGGAGCUGCCCAAGACGGAGGAGGGGCUGGGCUUCAACGUAAUGGGCGGCAAGGAGCAGAACUCCCCCAUCUACAUCUCGCGCAUCAUUCCUGGGGGCGUGGCCGAGAGACACGGGGGCCUGAAGAGGGGCGACCAGCUCCUCUCUGUCAACGGAGUGAGCGUGGAGGGGGAGCACCACGAGAAGGCGGUGGAGCUGCUGAAGGCGGCCAAGGACAGCGUGAAGCUGGUGGUGCGCUACACGCCCAAGGUGCUGGAGGAGAUGGAGGCGCGCUUCGAGAAGCUCCGCACGGCCCGGCGCCGGCAGCAGCAGCAGCUCCUCAUGCAGCAGCAGCAGCAGCAGAACCUCCCGGUCCAACAGAACCAUAUGUCGUAGUUUUUUCCACAAGAAGAAAAAGUAGAAGAUGCCGACAGGCUGUGGUGAAAAGUUUGUCCCUCUCUGGUGGAUUUCGGUGGAAACCCACUAAACAGAAGAACCGUUUCGUAUUAUGGGUUCACUCAACUUCUGUGUACAUCCUGUAGUUUUACAGUCGUGAAAUGAAAUCUAAUGCUACGUAUUCUGAAAUGUGUACAAUGGUGCUUUAUUAAUAGUGUUAUUACUGUUACACUGUUACUAUAACAGUGUCAGAAGCAGAUCUGCACUGACGAGUAUCCUACAGUAUUACGGUAUGUGUUCUGACUUGCUUGUCUGUUUAAAUUUUUUGUUUUUCUUUAACAGUUUGAUAAGGACCCUUUUAUUGAAGCUACUUUAAAAGUUUGUUUAGAUAUCGCCAUCCUCUGUUUUAAUUAGCUGAAUUGUUCAUUUGUUACAGAAUUAGAUUUUUUUUUUUUUUUGUCGUGGCUCUGCAACAUUUCACUUUAAAAAUGCUAAUAAUGAUGUGAGCUCUACACAAUGUGUGACUGCAUAUUGGGCAAAGUGACAAAUGUUUCAUUCUAAUUUACAUAAAUGUGAAAUUUUUUACCUAAUGUAUUGUAACAAGAUGAAAUAUUUUAUAAAGAGACUAGUAGAUUUAGCAAUAACAAUAUUUGAUAUGACACAUAACUGAUUACAAUGGGAUAAGGUAACGCAAAUAAAUGAGAGACGCACUAAGAAAAAUCUCAUUAAUUUGAUUCCAACUGUGUGGUAUAUAAACAAACCAUGAAAAAGAAACAGUGUUUGACAGCUUCUCCCAUGAGAAUGCAUUUGCAUAUGAGAGGUCUGAGACAUUAUUACGGAUUUACAUGUGGCACAAAUACUUAUUCAUUACUGUUCAAAACUGUUCCCAAGUUUGCAGUUUUAUAACUCGGUAUGAUGUAUUACCAUCCCGCUGAUGUUAAAAAUAUGAAAAUAUAGAUCAUAGUUCAUAAUAUAGUAACUUCAGAAAUGACAGUAAUAUUACAUAUGAGGGCACACUGAAUAUCUGGAGUAUAAAACACAUCUAUUACUGGAAAAAAAAUCUGUGGUGAUAUUUUGUUAACUUUAAAAUAUGUCU